UUCUAGAGAUAGGUAUUCACAAAAUGUACACACUGCUGAUUAAUGGGCUGCUCUUUGAGAGAUGAUAUUUGAAGCACUAUGGAUAUUCUUCUGACAUGUCAUAGCACAUUAAGAUAGGGUAGGGAGACUAAGUUAAGGGUCAAGGCAGCUCCACCAAUAAAAUUUAAAACUUUGAACAAAAAAAAAAACCAGAACAAUAUCUACAGCCAAAUUAAAAAUGUACAGUAUAAUAUUCAUGAAAAUGUCACCAGGCUUAUUGACACAGUGCUUUUAAGUCAGUAUUAAUAUUUUAGUGUAGACCUAUGCCUAGCACAUACUGUACUCAAUACAUGGGGCUGGGCCCAGCCAGGGGCCUACUUCAAUAUAUCACCUUUUUACUUUAGGGCUAGGCCUAGGCUAGGUGGAUCAGGAAUGUUUGAAGUCUAGCCUUCAACCUAACCUAAAAUCGUUUUCAGAGGUUUCUCUUCUCCCAAUACGGGCUUGCUCGGGAUGGUUCUCUCUUGGACCUAGCCUAUCUAGGGCCAGGCUAAGCACCAGUGAGUGGUCACCAGGCCCUAGUAGGCUAGGCCGGGUUCGGCUAGGCCUAGUUCCGUUCUAUACUGUUGUUGUUACGGAUACCUAGCUCGUGUCCCAACAAAACAAGGGCUAGCCUUAGGACUACUGAACUUAAUAGGACAAGUAGGUCCUCGUUCACGGGCAACAGGUCUUGAAUAAAGCAAGACUCAACUAAAUUUGCAUUUGCCAGUCCAAGCCUUCUAGUAGUAGGCCACCCUAGUCCGACCAACAAUAUAUACGUAUCGGAAACAGAGUUCAACAAAUACUAAUUGCAAUGUACACGAGUCAAAACCCAGUUGAAAUAAUUGUAGACCUCUGCUGAUGAUACGGACCCGACACUAGAGAUGUUCCUGCCACCUGGUAAAUUGAUGUACUUCAGUAGUCCUUGUAGAUAUGGCUUCAUAAACAUCACAAGACAAAUAUAUAGUAUAACAGGAAAAUGGAAAAAUGAUUUCAGCGUUGACACAUGGAAGAAAGUGGAGGAAUCAUGGCAAAAGUGGUUGCAGAAAUAUAAUGAAACCCUGACAAUAAAUAGAAAUGAUAAGAAGCCCAAGUACUAUGUGCUUUCCAUGUUCCCAUAUCCGUCAGGCAAACUGCACAUGGGCCAUGUGCGUGUGUAUACCAUCAGUGAUACAAUGGCGCAUUUCCAUCGCAUGAAUGGUAAGCAGGUGCUGCAUCCUAUGGGUUGGGAUAGCUUUGGACUACCAGCUGAAAAUGCAGCCAUUGAAAGAGACUUACGACCAGAUGACUGGACAUACAGUAAUAUAGAGCAUAUGAAAAAUCAGCUGAAGAGCCUUAGUAUGUGUUUCAAUUGGGAAAGGGAGGUAACAACCUGUAAGCCUGAUUACUAUCGCUGGACCCAGAGCAUCUUUGUCCGUCUGUUCAAUGCAGGCCUAGCUUACCAGAAAGAAGCUCUCGUUAACUGGGAUCCAGUCGAUCAAACAGUUUUAGCUAACGAACAGGUUGAUGAGGAUGGUUGUUCAUGGAGGUCAGGUGCUAAAGUAGAACAGAAGGUUUUAAAGCAAUGGUACUUAAAGAUGACUCACUACUCAAAGUCCUUACUCGAUGGUCUUGAGGAUUUGAAGGAAUGGCCGGAUUCUAUCAAGAGUAUGCAAGAAAAUUGGAUCGGUGAUUGCAGUGGUUGUUCGUUUGAAUUUGAGCUUCAGUUAGCUGGUGAUGACAAAUCCAUUUCGCUUGCUGUUCAUCUUAGUAGUCCAGAGCUUGUCUUUGGUGUUGCCUACAUUCUGAUUGCUCCUACUCAUAUUCUUCUGAAGUCUGAGAGUCUGCUACAAAUUAUUAACCCAGAUGUUCAACAAACACUCAAUGAAAUCUCUUCAAAACAGAUAGAUGUUGCACUUGGUGUGUCUGCCAUACAUCCAUUCACCAAGCAACCAAUUCCUCUGGUUGUGUCCAGUAAACAUCCAUUCCCAGAUUACGUUGAACAGUAUGCUGGUGUGCCAGGUGCUGUUGAACAAGAUCAGAUGUUUGCAGAUAUACACAGCAUCAAGUACACAACUGUCCUUGACAAUCAUGAAAAGCUGAUGAACUCAAAUGAGUUCACAGGGAUGAGCCGAGCUGAGGCAAAGGAAGCAAUCAUGGAAAAAGCAAGGCAACAAGAUAUAGGUGGUCAUAUGACCAGUGGGAGGCAGUUUGAUUGGUUGAUUUCAAGACAGCGAUACUGGGGAACGCCAAUACCCAUCAUACACUGCCAAAAUUGUAAGGCAGUACCAGUACCAACUCAUCAACUCCCAGUCCAACUUCCAAAACUUGAUACACUAACAGGAAAAGGGAAAUCCCCACUUCAACAGGUCUCUGACUGGUACAACACCGAUUGCCCCAAAUGCGGUCAACCAUCCCAACGUGAGACCGAUACCAUGGACACGUUUGUAGAUUCUGCUUGGUAUUUUCUGCGUUACACGGACCCACAUAAUGAACAGGAAGAGUUUAAUAGUGAAGUUGCCAACCGGCUUAUGCCAGUUGAUUUAUACAUUGGGGGUAAAGAACAUGCUAUUAUGCAUCUUUUAUAUGCAAGGUUCAUCAACCAUUUCUUAUACGGCGAAGGCUUGCUGAAACACAAGGAACCUUUCCAACGUCUGCUGGUCCAAGGCCUUGUGAUGGGGCCUAGCUAUAGGCUACCGUCUACUGGACAGUACCUUAGGAAGGAACAAAUUGAUUUUUCAGGAAAUGAACCUGUUGAAAAAAUUAGCGGAGAAAAGCUUCUAAUGAAAUUUGAAAAGAUGAGUAAAUCCAAACACAAUGGAGUGGACCCAGUAGAAACAGUAGCAGAAUAUGGAGUGGACACCAUCAGACUCGCUAUUCUGAGUGGUGUACCCCCUCAACUGAAUAUGAUGUGGAAUGUUGAUGCAAUUAUUGGCAUAGUUCGAUGGAAGAACAGAAUGUGGCAACUAAUAACAAGAUACAUUAAUUUAAAAAAAGAUGAGACUCCAACUACUAAUGAAGUAAAUCACAAAAUUGAGGAUAAAUUAUUAAUUGAAAAAAAUACUGCAAUCAAAGAAGUUAGUGAACAGUACACCAAGGAUCAUAUGUUGAGUGUUGCCAUUUCGAGGUUGAUGACCCUAACAAGUGUCCUGAGGUCAGUUCCAGAUGCUACUGUAAUGUCCAGUGUCAACUAUGAAGAUGCCUUGGCUAGCCUUUGCAUAAUGCUUGCUCCAAUGGCGCCUCAUAUUGCCUCUGAGAUGUGGCAAGGACUAGCUAGUGUUGCUCAGCCUUCAAGUCAAUUUCAGUGGGAUAAAACAGUGUUAGAACAAAGUUGGCCAGUAUUAGAUGAAAAGGUAGUUUGUAAAGAUGAAGUGGUUAAAGUUGUUAUCAAGAUUAACAACCAAACAAAAGGACAUAUAAUGGUCCCAGUACUUGCACGAGACAAUGAAGAAGAAAUCCGACGACUUGUGACAGAGAGUGAUGUAGGAAAAUUGCAUUUGAACAAAAGGACGUUAAAGAAAGUGGUGUUUGCAUCCAAGGUGCCACUGUUAAAUUAUGUUGUUGAAGGUGAAGAAAGUUGAAUGAAAUAAUUGUCACUGUAAAGACAGCUGCAAGUUUAUUUAACAGUUAAGUGACAAUCGUUUGUUUUUGCAUAUGAAACACACAGCAUAUAUAUGCAGGAUUCGAACCUGCAACCUCUUGCUAUCAAGGUGCCACUGUUAAAUUUUUUCAUUGAAGAUGAAGAAAGCUGAAUGAAAUAAUUGUCACUCAGUAAAGACUGCCAGUUUUUUCAACAGUUUUAGUGACAAUCAAUUGUUUUAGCAUAUGAAAUGUUCAACAUAUAUAACUGUACUCACACAUUGGGGAGCUAUAUUUAAGCUAGAAACUACAGUAGCUUGUAGAUCGCUGAGAAAAUUAUAAAACAGGUAUCACAAGGUAUGCUCAAUUGACCUUUCUGCUAAGCUCAACCAACUUGGAUAUUUUUGCUAAAGUCCCAGAAAAUGACAGUAGUUAGCUUUCGAUUUGUGCGACGGCGCGACGUUAGAACGGAAUCACUCAUGCGUGACCAUCCUACCUGGCGUCCUACAUUCUCUGCAUACGUAGAUUUGGCCAAAUUGCGUUCCAGAAUCUACUCGACGAGGUGACCUUAAUGUUCUCGCUUGCGCAGAUGACUUUUAGUGAAGUCAUUAUGUUCUACGUCCGACCGUUGUCGUGCAAUCGAAAGCUCCCUAGUGUAAAAACAUACGCAAAUUCUUGUGUUUGUGGGACAACCCAUGUGUUUGUAGGAUGCGCUUAUUCCUGUCCUUGAUCUGAUUGGUCAAUUGUUAAGUUUGAUUGACAUUCCAGAAAGGUUCUGUUAGCCUAGUAGUUACCAUACAUAGGAUAGGUGAUGGUGGGCCAUAAUUGAUUAAAAGUAGCACCAAUAUAACUC